AUGGUGGCUUAUGGCCUUCCGAGAGCUUAUGGCCUUCCAAAAAUACACAAAGAUGGUUGUCCCCUCAGAAUUAUAGUAUCAUGUAUAAACAGUCCACUUUAUGCUUUAUCGUCUUUUUUACACGAUACUAUUCACGAGAAUAUAGUUUUUCCAAAGAGUCACGUAAAAAAUAGCUAUCAGUUGGUCAAUGAACUAAGAAGCAUUAAUUUGGACUCUAAUGUACAAUUUGUUUCUUUUGACGUUGUAUCGCUGUUUACCAAUGUUCCUUUAAAACUGGCGAUAAAGAGCGUGGAGCGAAGGUGGGACAGCAUUUCUGAGGGCACGACCAUACCGUUAAACGAAUUUUUAAUAGGUCUUAAAUUUGUAUUGGAUUCUACAUAUUUCUCCUUUAACGGUUGCGUAUACAAACAGAUCUUUGGGACUCCAAUGGGAUCACCCGUUUCUCCGACUAUUGCAGAUGUAGUGCCACAGGAUUUGGAGGAUUACGUUUUUCACACAUUAAACUAUUACAUUCCGGUUUAUUAUAGAUACGUGGGCGACGUUUUAUUGGCGACGAAUCGUGAGUAUAUUGAUGACAUCUUAGAGACGUUUAAUUCUUUUCACAAUAGAUUACAGUUUACUAAAGAAGAGAGUAAUAACCAUAGCAUUAAUUUUCUCGAUGUGUCUAUUAUUUUUAACCAUGGCUCUCUUAGUUGUGAUUGGUACCGCAAGCCAACGUUUUCUGGAAGGUAUCUGAGCUAUUAUUCGCAUCACUCAACUGCACAUAAACGUGGAGUGGUCUUUGGUUUGGUGGAUAAAGUAGUGCAGCUCUCGGAUCCGCAAUACCAUGAGAAGAAUUUGAAGUUUGUAAUUAAUUGUUUAUUGGACAAUGGAUAUCUGGUCCAGUUUAUAUUCUCCAAUAUUACCAGGAGGAGGUUAAAGAAGUUUUCUUAUGGUAUGGAUAAUAAUGAGGAUGUAGAGACUAAUGGAAAAAAAGUUUUUUAUGGGUCCUUAUGUAAAGUCGGUUUCGGAGAAAUUCUCUAG